AUGAAUUUCUUACUUUCUUUGCAUAUUCUUGCCGCCACUCAGUUUUCUGUGGCCUUGGCCCAGGAGUGCAGAAAUACGUUGAAAGCAACGUAUACCUCGCCCAUUGCUGCCGGUGGCUGGACAUAUCGCCUGAUCGCGAACGGACUCACUCGACCCAGAAGCAUACUUUUCGACAACCAGGGAGCUCUCCUGGUUGUCGAUGCUAACUCUGGAGUAAAACAUCUGAAGCUGACUGACGAUGGCGGCACUUGCUUAUCUGUGGCCGAGAAACGGACGAUUAUUGAUUCUCCAGAGUUGAACCACGGAAUAGCCCUCUCCCCGGAUGGGAAGACUCUGUAUGCCUCGACCGCCGACAAGGUAUAUUCCUGGGCAUACAAUGGCAGUGCUGCCACCGUUGGCGAUAGGAAUAGGACACUCAUAGCGAACAUGAGCAAUACCGAUCAUACCACCCGGACGUUACUUCUAUCCAAAAAAAGUCCAGGCAUACUCUUGGUGUCGAGAGGUAGCGCGUCCAACAUUGACGAGGCUGCGACCCGCCAGUCGACUGGGCAUUCCCAGCUUCGCGCCUUUGAUAUCGGGAGCCUCGGUGAGAAUUCUGGGCCGCUCAACUUCCCAACUGAGGGAAGGAUGCUCGGCUGGGGAUUGCGGAACUCAGUGGGCGUGGCAGAAGAGCCCGUCACAGGCGGUGUAUGGACAGUAGAGAAUUCAGCGGACCAGUUGAGGAGGAACAAUGUUGAUAUUCACACUGACAAUCCUGCCGAAGAACUCAACUUCCACGGGCACCUCAGUGAUUCUAACAAGGAUCAGGGCGGCAAUUAUGGAUAUCCAGGUUGCUUUGCUGUUUGGUCGACCGAGGGAUUUCCCGAUAAAGGCAACAUGACGACGGGAGAUCAGUUCAGUCUCAACCCAUCACGCACCCUGAACGAUACAACUUGCAAUUCCGCCUAUGUGCCCCCGAGACUAUCUUUCCAGGCGCACACUGCUCCAUUGGAUAUAAAAUUCACGCCCGAUGGCUCAGAAGCCUUUGUAACAUUCCAUGGCAGUUGGAACCGAGACGAGGCAGUCGGCUACAAGCUAUCUAGCAUACGUUUCUCGAACGGAGAGCCUACAGAGUCAGCUGAUAGCCGGACACCAAUUACUGAUAUUCUAAGUAACGCAGACACCAGCAGCUGCCCUGACCACUGCUUUCGCCCGGUAGGACUUGCUUGGGACAGUCAGCAGAGACUCUUCAUGACAUCAGAUUCGACGGGUGAAAUUUAUGUCCUUCAGCGGACCGAUGUCUCAGUCUCGACCAGUUCUCCGGCCAUCCCUGUUCCAACAUCAUCACCCGACGCUGCAGCAACUUUAGUCCCCUCCCGGCUCACCUCUUUUGGCAGCCUUGCGGUCUCAGUAUUUGUUUUCAUGGGAAGUGCGGGCGUGGUCAGGUUGAUCCUUCUCUGA